UUGGAAGAACGUGUGCGAAAGUCCUUUAAUAAAUAAAGAACUUGGCCUCUGCUAUAGGUUUGCGUCUUGGAAUGUGUGACUAGUUAACAUUAUUUGUACUUAUUAUUUUAUGAAAAGUAGCUGGUUUGCUAUUGAUCCAAAGCAAAGAACUGAGAACCCCACAACAAAAGUUUAAUGUCCAGGUUCUUUACGUUGUUUAAUUUGUAGAUAUUAGAAAACGGCCCUGUGUUUGGAAAAUGUCUUCGGGCUGUCAGAAAACCACUACUAGCAAGUCCAUUCCGACCAGAUGGGUGACUAUAAACGACGCGGCGCACAUGCCCCACGACUACUCCACAACUCCCGGAGGAACUCCGUUCAGCAUAACUCCUGGAGGUACAAGAAUUAUCUACGACCGGCAGUUCCUGCUGGAGUGCCGCACUUCCCCGCUGGCCAGGACUCCGCCGUACUCUCUCCCUGACAUUCCAGGGGUCACCAGCCCACCCUCAAAACACAUCAUCAAUGUAAAGGCCCAUAAUGGAGAACCACUGAACAACAACAUCACAGGACCUGCUGACAGGAGUGCUGGGGAUGAUGCACAGUUUGAAAUGGACAUCUAACUGGUGGUGAAAUGAGCAUUCUAGAGGGAUGUGAAACAACUUCACAUACUACCAUGAUGCUAAAGAAGAGGCCCAGCCAAUCCCCUGUCCAGACUCGCUACAAUAUUGUCACCCUGUGUUUACAGAUGUGUCCAUUAGUUGAUGUGUGUUAACUUUCAAUACCAGUGGUGUUGUUACUGUGAAAACUGCUCAAAGGUAGUCUGUUGCCUUUCUCUUGUGAACCCAGCAACAACACUGAAAAAGACUGCCCCAGAGGAGUGGCGUGGAGGUAACGAUUCAAUACAAUUGUUUUCAUUCUUUAAAAUUAUUUUGACACUCAAAUCACCCUAAUCAUGGGCUACCCACCCUUCACCUCUCUUCAAAUACUGCCUUCAAAAAAACUUUACAUUUCUACAGAUAGUCAUACAAAGGAAUGUUUUUGUCACCUUUUAAGUUUUGAGACAAAAUAAAUACAUUUUCACAUGGUAUGUAAGAAGAAGAAAUAAAGCAAAGAGAACAUAUA